AUAGGGGAGGUUCUGCCUGUCCCGGAUUGUCGUGUUCGUUCGACGGAGCAAACUGCCGGAAGUAGAAACGGAGAAUAGCAACCCUUUCUGUUAUUCACAUAUCGUUUAUUAGUUAUGUACAAAACAGUACGAAAGGGCGAUGCCAGCCUACAGUACACAAUCCUACCGCAAACAGACCAGUUCCCCUCGUCUGGUUUCCCUCAAACCGCCACGAAAUCGAGGCCGAGGAUCAUCAAAUAUACCAUGGGCACGUUGAUGAUUCUUAUCAUUCUCUCCUGCGUGGCAACGCCGUUUCUAAUGAAUCAAGAUGACCAGAGCCUCUUCGCCAGCAGUAUACUCGCGUUGGGUCGCGUCGGGCACAGCAAAAUUUCCAAAAACCCGUCGAGGGGUCAAGGAGAGAACGUCAGCGCGGAAAGAAUCAGGAGCAAGCCGCCGGAGAAGAUGACGUCGUCGACGGAAGCUUCUCAGAAACAGAACGUUCAGGAUGGAAUGACUUCGCUGGUGAGGUGGUCGAAGACAGAGGGAGAAGAGACUGAGAAUUUCACGAUUACAGACUCUACGUUAAGCAGUACACAACGAUCACACGUUUCUUCCGAGUCACCAACCAGCCUUCAGCAAACAUCAACAUCUACCAAGCUUCCCUCGACUUCGUCACCGGUGCCUUCUUCGGCUACCCUGAAAUCAUUGCCGAGUAAUUUGGACGAAGCUACCACGACGAUUUCAAGUGCGUCGAGGAAGUCGAAGAUGCCGAGGGUGACGCUGAAGCUCAGGGAGAACGAAACAAUACCGCAGAUGUACAUGAAGGCGGGCAUAGCCUCGUAUAAAAAGGGCAACAUCACCACGAGCGUCCUGGCGCACGGCCUAAGUCUGGAGGGGUUAAUCUUCAAGACACCGGAUGGGACGAUAAAACCUUGGCCGCAGAAGUGGUUUUUCACUGAUCCCUCUUCCGACUUCCAGUGGAAGGGGCUGAAUCAAAUACCAGUAACAAUUUAUGUAGUCCUGGCAGGCUUAGCAUCUUUGGCAAGCGUUAGCAUCGUCCUUAUGUUCUACGUGCAGCGGAAGACCACACGGCGCCAACGUCAGAGCAUAGAGGAACCGGAAGCCGGCGGUCACGAGGAAGACAAAUCGACCUUACUUGGCGCCGAGAGCCAGGAAAUCGAAGAGAAAGAGUAAUCGUGAUCCUGCGACAUGAAAAGCAUGUAGCUCGUAAGACUCGUAUAUUUUUACAACACUCACAUCAGUUUGGUAUAGGUGUCUUGCGUGAAAGGUUGAAGGGACGAUCAUGAGUAUGUAAGUAUAUGGGGAAAAAAGACCGAACACUGUAUAGAUCCGUUUGGUUAAACGCUUGAGACUCUAUUUAAGGAAUUGACGACUAAGUGAUUAACAUUUUCAUUGAUUUUCAUUCAGUUUUUACAGAGGGAGGUGGUUAAAACAGCAUAAAACACUAAUCAGUAAAUAUUUCCAAAAAUAUUAAGAAUUUUUAAAAAAUCUCGUCGGAAAUUAUCGAACUAUUUUAGAAGAUUCUUAAAUUAAUCUUGUUUUUCAGUUUUACACGUUUCGAUGAUGCAAUUAUUUUUCUAUCAUCCUUUUUUAGCAAUAGAUGGAAAAAUGAUGAAAAUAUAUUAUAUUUGUACAUAUUUCAUUAUAAUCCUACGGUUCCUUACAUUAAGGAACACGCGUGGUUCACUUUUUAGCUAUAGCCUACCUUGAUCAAUGAAGAAAUACUCUAUUUUUCAUUUCGUUCGCGUAUUGUACUUGAUAUAUGAAAAAUUCUUAAUUUCAUAGUUCGAUGAAAGUGGCAGUUAAAGAACCUCGUAGAAUGUGAAAUCAUUCCAAUCAUUGCCAUUACAAGCAACAUUAAUUAAUACUAAUUAGAGCAGAGACUGUCAAACUUACAUAUCAACGAGGAUUUGAGCAUUUUCGAAAUCAGUUCAAAUUUAUUUAACUAUAUUGUUCCACACCACUGAUAUCUUUGGAAAUAUUCACAUGUCAUGUUUUAUACAUCUCAUUCAUUGACGGUGAAUAUUGUUGUCGCGAUGUUACUUAACACUUUACCUACCGGGAUCCGAUAAAUCAGAUUUUCAAUGCCACUAUUUACCGACUGGAAUUUUUUUUAAUUAAUGUUUAUCGAGUCAAUUAAUCCUUUGCACUCGUAUGUCAUGCUGGAGAUGACAAUACAAAUUUGUUAUACUUUAUUUGCUGUACUUUAAAAAGUACCGUACUUUAAAAGAUUCUAAAAAUUAAAUCUUACUCUAAUAACAAUAAAUAAAAUAAAUAUAAAACGCUGAAUUCUACCGCUGUAAAUUACUUUAAUUCAUUUGUCUAAAAAUAACAAGUUUAUAUCCAUCAAUAUUGAAAAUAAAUCGAGUACAAACGGUUAACAUUGUAUAAAUUCUGUUAUUAUGCAUGUAUUGGUUGGUCUUAUUAUUAAUUCUUCAUAUGUAUCAAAUAUUUUGAAAUUGUUCCCUUUUAUAAUGAAUUUCAUAACGUGUUUUCAUUCCAGCAAAUCGGUCGGUAAAGUGUUAAAAUGAAACACGAUUAACACUAGAACUAGCAAGCAUUUAAUAUGACUUUAUAAUUAUAGUAACCCUCAUAAAAAUUGUAAUAUAUUUUUUUCGGUUUCCUCAUAUAUUGAUAGUAUUCAAGUGAAACUAUUGAUUUUUCAAAUUAUUUUGAAUAUUCAACAUUGGUAUGAUAUGAAUAAUUGUGGUAUAACAAAUCUGAAACCCGUCAUUUUAAUGAGCUAGGCAGUUCUAGUGUUAAUGUCGAUAAUAUCUAGAACAUCUCUAUGCGACUUUUAAACUUUUGCUGGAUUCCAUGACAUUUAGUGAUCGGCGAUCGAUAUCAUGAUUUUCACUUUUGAUACAACAGAUAACGAGUAAAUCGGUACUAGGUAUCGUAAAUAAUUUACAGCGAUAUUAAUCCGUUAUUGUUUCACGAAAGAAUAUAAUGUGACGUUGUUUUGGAAUUAAGCUUUGUGUGAUACUGUGAAAAGCAGCUGUUAAAGUAUGUAACUACAUCUUGAGAUACCUCUUUCCUGACUAUGUAACGUUUUUGUAGUGAU